CUCUAGUCUCUGACGUAUUUGACCAAUAGCCGCCGUGCUCCGACCCCGGAUCGUCUCACUCGGUCUCACCAGGGUGACGCGCUGAACAGCAUCUCGACAAUAAUACAUGAAUGGUCUCCAUCCAUCAAACGACUUCGAGAGAUUGGAGUCGAAUGGGACGUAGACCUGUAUGUUUGUGUUCUCGUUUGCGCUUCAGUGGCGGUGACAGUUGGGCAAGGGCUUCUCAUCGACUCGUGCAUUGUCGUACAGCUCGACAGGUGCGCUAGAUGUCGACGUCUCAACAUUCCCCCGUACCCCAGCACGGGAAGCUGGUCAGUGUCGUACCCGUCGGACUAAAAGAAGCUGCUCUUGACUCUCCAACCUUCCGUGCGAGCACCCUACAUAUUGCCGGCCAGAUCGAGUUCAUAGAAAGAUGGCUCGAUGGAUACGCCAAGUCCGCAGCAAAACUUACAGCAGAGCUGUCUGCUUUUGAGAGUAUAACAAACACAUUUCUGGCGUACACCACGAACCCGAUCAACGUCUCCGAAGCCGUCCUCGACCAUGACUACACACUGCAGGCGAUGAAGCGGUAUGGCGAAAGCGCCAGGGAGAUUUGGAAUGGAAUGAUCACAACGAUGAGGAGACUGGAUCAGCUGGUCGUUGAACCCAUCAAGGCGUUUAUCCAGGGAGACUUGCGAAAUUUCAAGGAGACUCGCCGUAUCUUAGAUCAAACCCAGAAACAGUACGACCAUCUCCUGGCUAGAUAUUCGGGCCAAGCGAAGACGAAAGAACCAUCUGCCCUCAGAGAAGACGCCUUUCAGCUCCACGAGGCUCGUAAGGCUUAUCUGAAAGCCUCUAUGGACUUCUGUAUUCAGGCACCUCAAGUUCGGAAUGCGCUGGAUCGAUUAUUGGUACGGAUAUUCUUCGAUCAAUGGCGGGAAGCCAAAACCAUCCAUGACACCCAUGUUGCGACGUUCACCAAAUGCAGCCCCGAGAUGGAACGUAUCAAGGGCUGGACACAUGAGAUGGAGACUAGCGAAAGAAACUCUCGUCGGGAACUGCUUUCCGCCAGGAAACAGAUCGAAGAAGCUGCUGAGCACGCGGCGAGGCCUUCUCGCGAGCUCGAGGACUACUCUGUCUCUACGGUUCCUUAUCUUGGUUCUCAUGGCCCGCCAUCUCUCAAGCUAUCCAAAGACAAAGGAAUCAAACCAGAGAAGCAGGGCUGGCUGUAUCUCAGGACGUUCACGGGAAAGCCUACUCGAACGGUGUGGGUUAGACGCUGGGCUUUUCUCAAGAACGGAAUAUUUGGCUGUCUCGUACAAGGCUCUCGAACUGGAGGUGUGGAAGAAAGCGAAAGAAUAGGCGUGUUGCUCUGCAGCAUUCGACCAGCGUUUCAAGAAGAACGAAGAUUUUGUUUCGAGGUCAAGACGAAAAACAAUACUAUAAUGCUGCAAGCAGAGUCCCAGAAGGAACUGAUGGAAUGGAUCAAUUCCUUUGAGGCAGCUAAACAAAAGGCUCUGGAGAACCCUGCGAGUACCGACCUUUCAGUUUCGGGAAAGCUCACGGUGCAAGAUCCUGCAUUUUCGAUCUCUCAGCCUCCAGCGCCAGAAUUUGCGGCCGAUCCCUCCGAGUCUCUAACUCCUAAUGCGAAUGAUGAGCUACCUUCAACAGAUCGAAACGGGAGUCUACCUGUUCCUGAGCGGGACGGCCUGGCCAUGCGGAACAGCGCCGAAUUCCACAGUUCGAGACGGCUCACUGGAGAUAGGGAAGAAUCGAGCGGACGAGAUCACGCAGCAAGGAUAAUUCAGAAACUGGAUCUACACCGCAAAUCGAAUACGACUGGACCGAGCUCACCUAUGCCGCCUCCUUCUGGUGGUAUCGCGAGCCUGAUCUCCGCGAGUCAUAGUAUUCUUCCCUUGCCCGUGCAUACAACGGACGACGGAGCCAAGAGUCGCACUUACAAUCUUCGUGAAGCUCCUCCAACGUCUCUAGCACCGCCCACGUUGGCUAAUCCUCCUGCUCCCACAAGUAUGAGCAAGGCUUGCGUUAUCGUGAGCAAUGAGAGAGGAAUAGGACUUGGAUUCUCAGACAACACGGGGGGCAUGCCGAGCGGGAUGAUGGCCAAUCUCUGGGGCAGCUCUAACUGGGGUUUUGUUAAUAAGCUGGAGCGUGAAAGGGCUCUUCAGCCGGAAUCUAACGGGGAGGGCUCGUCGGUGAAGAAGCCUGGAUCUCCUAUGAGUGAUUCGUCAAAGAACGCCAUUGCGGCAGAGUCAGAUGACUCUGCAGCUCCGACUCAACGUUCAGGACCGCGUCACCGACAAACAGUUAGUCUGGAUGGAGACGCAGCCAAAUUGCAGAGGGCUGCUAUCGGAGUUCCGCACGAGUACCCUAGCUAUUAUCCUCAGCUGCUCAGGACACAAGAUGCCCAGUUCCGGCUUCUUUUCCCAAAUGUGAACAGAGAAGAGAGCUUGGUUUUAGUCUUUAGAGCUACCUGGAGCCCGAACGACCAACAGGAGUUCCCCGGCAGAGCCUAUGUUACGACACGAAACAUCUAUUUCUACAGCCAUUAUUAUGGCCUUGUUUUAACAACAAGCGUCCAACUUAGCGCAGUUACAGAGGUUACUGCUGCGCCCGGAAGAGAUUGCGAUUUCUUGUUCCUCCACGUUGCUCCGCCAAUAGGACAAGAUACCCCGGGCAGGAUCACUAUAAAGACGUUCCUUGAGCCUCUGAGACUUCUCCAAAGAAGAAUAAACUUCCUGAUAAGCGAAGCCACUGCUGAGGAGCCGCUUUCUUUGGAAGCGAUUCUGAAGACCUUGAUCAAGAUGGAAUCCGAGAGUCCCUCUAGGGCUCUUAGCGUUGACAGUUGGGAAGACGUCUCUCUCAGCACUCCGGCAGAUGCUAGUGCUGUUGCAGGCGACCUCAUCCCCGCAAAGGCUGGCAGGGAUAUCAGAGCCCCUAUCUAUAUCGACAAAGAUCUUGAGCUCGACUCAACUAAAGCUCAUCGCGGGAAGGAUGUGGCGAAGUUCAGAUUGCCCGCCCAGCCUGUUCAGUAUAUUCCUCAGGGGAAUCUGAGCCUGGCCGCAGAAAGGGUACUCGAGAUCAGCUCUAAAGCGCUGUUCCACGUACUCUUUGGUGACAAGAGCGCAGUCUGGCAAAUGCUACUGAAGGAAAGAAGGGUUCAUAAUAUCAAACAGGGACCGUGGAUCACUUCAGAGUCACGGCAUAUGAGACGAGACAUGUCAUAUCAGAUAGAGACGGUCGACCUCCUUGGGCGGACACAAGAAAACAAAGUAUCGGACUAUCAAAUAAUUGACGUCCUAAACGACCACCUGUGUUACGUUGUUACUGACAAGAGAACGGCCUGGCAUCUGCCUUUCCGGCGCAGCUUUCGCCUUGUCAGCAAGAUUGUAAUCACCUACGUCGCCAAGUCCCGAUGCAAGAUUGCGGUCUAUACGAAGGUGGAAUGGCUAUGGUCUCCCUAUUUGCUGAAGAAUAUCAUUGAUAAACAAGCGCUGAGCGACCUGGAACAAGACGCUCUGGACCUUCUUGAUCUAGUCAGUGAUCAAGUGCGACGAUUGGGUCCUCACAGCCGGACAAAGAGGGCCAUUACUAUCUUUGGCCAAGUCGGACACCAGAAGCAGGGGUUUGAGCUUCCAUCUGAUGCUCUUUCUAAGCUAGGUUUCCGCAGAUCUCGGAAGCAGCGGGCACUGAUGCAGUUGGUAUCUGAGACAUGCUUGUCUUUCCUGGAGAGUGCAGUCUCUUCGCUGAUGCUUUGGACUUUCGCGUUGCUACGCUGGAUUUGGAAGACAACUCGGGCCAACACCGUCAUACUGGUCCUACUGUUCUCCAGCCUGCUGAUCAAUGGGUUCUAUUCAUCGCGAGAUACUUUCGACUGGUGGCACGAGAGAAACGCAGGGAAAUUUAUGGCUCGUUUGGGCGUAACCCCGAACAAUGUUAUGAGCAAAGCAAUUUACCUGAGGGAUAUUGACGAAGCGAUUGCCAACAACACGGUGUGGCGUAUUGAUGGCAAUGGCUCUAGCAGUUGCUUCUCCACAUUCCACGAACAGACGCUGGUUAACUAUGACCUGCCGCUGACCUUGACCUCGACCCAUCCCAGAGACGCAAUAUCCAAGAGUGCAGCGAGGCGUCUUCAGGAGACUCGCGAGCGGCUUGGCAUGUACCGACAUGAUCUCAUUGUUGCACUCCGUGUGGUGAACAGCGUUGAGCGGGAAGUGCUCCAGAACGAGUGGGAACGCUGGCUCCAACAGGAGACGCGUCGCUGUCACCAGGUUGAGCUCCUGCUCAACCAAGACGACGAGACCACAGAAGUCGAUUUCAACUCAUUUCCACGUGCAGGAGCCCUCUUUGGCGAACAUAGAAAUGAGAUCAAGCAUCUGUACGAAGAUUACUGUAAGAGUUGCUUGCAGGAACAGGAACGCAUCGACGAGAACCGGUCUGGAGUUGAACUUGGACGUACUUCCAUCCUUUGAAGAAGCUUCUGAGUAUAUGUUGGUUAAUUGUGUUUCUGUCAUUUUCGUUCCAUCUGGAAGACGAUACCCUGCCGCGUUGGGUCGAUUUGGAUACGCUCGCCUGCCCUUGUUUUUCCCCUGCCGGUCUUCUCGGUGUACAUAAUUCGGCGAGAUAGCAUCUCCGCCCCGGAUAUAUCCCCAGUCUGUGAGAUAGAACUGAUGUAUAUAUCGACGAAUGUGA